AUGAUGGCAAGAGAAUCGUCGCAGGAAGCCGCCUACUCUGUCAACUCCUCGUACCCUGUGAGCAUCUCCAAGAAGAUCUCGCAACCAGUCCUCCGGGCCAUCCGCAGUAUCCGUCACAUUGAGCUGCUGCACAGCACCUCGGACAUCGAUUUGCGCAGCAGCUCAUCUCUGUCCAACCGCUUCAAUCGUGGAAACAGUCGUGGUUAUAAGCAUGAUCAUGAAUAUGAGGACAAAUAUGAGAGCAAAUAUGAGAGCAAAUAUGAGAGCAAAUAUGAGAACAGAUACGAGAAUGGGACCGCGCGCGGUAGUCCGACCAUGGUUGACGUCGACCAGUCCUAUCCCAACAGCCGCCACCCACAGCACCAAUCCGUGAUCACAACACAUCCCAAGCCAACACGCGCCUUUGGCCAGUGCCAGACAAGUCGUCUCUUGACUCUGCCCCAGGAAAUUCGCGACGAGAUUUACGCCUAUGUCUUUUACUCGACACGCCUCACCAUGGGCCGACGCGUCACAUGCGCACCGCCUACGGACUCCCCGUGUUCGGGGUCUGCGUCGUCGUCCAGGACAUUGUCGCCGGAGCCUGACGAGGCCGACGAAGUCCAGCACAGCCAGUGCCGGAUGACGCCCGGUCGCGUCACUACCCACGUCAAGCCCGCACGCCACUCCAUGGCGCUCUUUCUUGUCUGCCGCCAGAUCACGCGCGAGCUCGUCAGCGACAACGCUUGGAUCGGCCAGGUCCUGUUCAACUUUGAAGACGCCGCGACGAUGCUGGACGUUUUGGGUGGUGUCUUUGCAACGCCGGCCCAGCGCAGCCUGGUGCGCGAGGUGCGUGUGCGCGAGGGCGGCCUGUUUGUCCACCAGAGACUGCCGUCUCUGCCGCCCCUACCAACCGUCCCGGAAGACAACUCGACGCCUUCAUCGUCUGCUUUUUCGUCCACACAACAACAGCAACAGCCGCAGCAACAACAACAGUUUCGACAGCGAUUUCUACUUCUUGGUGGUCUUAUGCGCUUGCUUCCGGGCCUCUGCCUCGACCGCCUCACCGUCCUGCCCGCACUGCCGUGCCGCGUUCAUAAGUCUACGCGCUGCCACAACCUCCCGAGCGUCAACAUGUACAACAUGAGUGUCACCAGUCACCCUCCGCCGCCCGUCAGCCUGGCCGCUCCACACGAGAUGCUCACCGAGCUGCUGCAUGCAGGAAGUGGUUGGAAGGAGCUGUGCUACGUGCACCACGACACAAACAUGCUCGCCGCAGACAGGCACCGCCCCAGCUCGGUCGAGGCAAUGAUGGUCAACAUGGGUUUCUGGGAUGCCGACAUGGAUACGUAUGAUGACGUGUUUGCGGCCGCCGAGCGUGCUGAGCGGUUGGCACAGGCGGAGCGGGCCGACCUCGAGGAAGCAGAGGCCGCACGGCUCCUGUUCUUGGAGGAGGACGAGGAGCUUCAAGAAGGCGAGGGGACGCUGUUUAUGCCGCAGCACCGUCGCCACCGCCGUCUCGGCAGCCUGUUUGCGUCCUACUCGGCCCGCAAAGAGUACCGCCUUCCGCGCUGGCGGCACCUGCUGACCGAGCGCGACGGCCUCAUCCCGGCCAACAACAACAACGACACGACCAGAGACGCAGCCAACUCGUCCGUUGCCGCUGGUUGGAGCGUCAGUAUCGACGCAGUGAUCGACGAAGGCUUCUACGAGGGCGACACGCCGCGCAGCACCAUUUCCGUGUAUGGUGUGCGCGGCGGCCAGGCCCUGUGGCCCAUGGAGACGCUGGAGGACGUGCACGACAGCCGGAUCCGUGGCGAGGACUUUAUGGUCAUCGUGAGACGGGGCGACGGCGAGGAGAGUGGGGAGGCGGCCGGCCCCAAGACCGUCCAAAAAAAGAAGGCCGAUCCUAGCAAAGCCGUCUGGGCGGAGUCCGUUGGCAACCCGUACCCUUUCAAGGAGGGCGACCCGCGCGCGCUGGGCUACGGUACACGCUGGGAGACAUUACGGCCCGUCCUGUUUCCUUGGGACCACCUGGCGGCCACCCGCAUCCGCCACGACCGGUACCGUCACAGAGAUGAGUACGUGGUGCGGUCGCAACGACGGCGGUCUUGA